AUGGGCAAAGGCGGCAAGAAGACAUCUCUGAAGACCGCCCUUUCUACUCAGCAGUCCAGGCUCAAACAGAAGGCUGUCCUUGCUGCGCGGGCUGCGGAAAAGUCGAAGAAAGCGAAAAGCAGGAACAAGGCAGUCCCUCCGCAUUAUACGAUCCCGUUCAAGCCUACAGACCAGAUUCUACUGAUUGGAGAAGGCAAUUUUUCAUUCGUUCACGCGUUGGCGUUGAAUCCUCCGCCAUCUUUAGAAUUUCUCCCUGCGCCGAACAUAACCGCUACUGCCUAUGAUAGCGAGCAGGAAUGCUACGCGAAGUAUCCUGACGCUGCGAAGAUUGUCCACUCAUUGAGAGAGAAAGAUGUUGAGGUCAUCUUCAGUGUGGAUGCCACGAAACUCGAAAGCCAUCCUGGUCUCAAAGGCCGGAGAUGGGACAAGAUUGUUUGGAAUUUCCCUCAUGCAGGCCGAGGAAUUACGGAUCAGGAUAGAAAUAUCCUCUCGAAUCAAACGUUGAUACUGGAAUUCUUGCGCUCUGCUGCGAACCUUCUUGUUACUGGGCCAGUUCCCGCUAUUCACUAUUCUCGUAAGGGGAAGCAGAAAGCGGACGCAGAAAACGACGAGCUUGACGGAAACGACCCCGGAGAAGAUAUGCUUGCAGAUGAGCUGAUUGACGAAAGCACCAAAGUCCGUGGAUCCAUUCUCAUAACUUUGCGAAACGUUGCACCGUACACCUUGUGGGAUCUGCCCAAUCUUGCGAAGAAACCUCCGCCGCCCAAAUCAACUCAGGACAAGCUCUACCCUCGAUACAUGCAGCUACGAUCUUUUGCUUUCCAACGAAGUGUUUGGAAGGGAUACGGACAUCGCAUGACGAAGGGUGAACGAGCGCAUGGACAGGGCAAGACGGGUGAAGGAGGAGAGGAUCGUACCUGGGAAUUCUGUUUGCAAGGUCUCAUGAGCGAAACCUGA